AUGGAGCGUCUCCCUCCGCCGCUCGUUUCGUCCAUCGUGGCCUUUGCCGUCCAUGACUACAGCGAAGACCUGGUCCCGAAUAAGCGGAAGCUGCCUGUGGACAACCUCAAGCAACUCGCGUUGGUGUGCAAGUCCUGGAACAACCUCGUCCAAGACGUCGUGGCUCGCUUCCAGUCGACCAGACUCAGUCUCAGUUUUAAGUCAGGCUCUCGCUCCGAGUCGAUGGAAAUACGUCGACGUAUUUCACAAAGAGGACCAAAAGUGGUGGACCUAUACGUCCAAAUUGGUGACGCCCCGCCUCGCGGCGCUCUGCAGAGACUGGAUCUGUCCGGAGUCCAAUUACUCAGUGGUCACGUGGAGCUGAUCCUGCAGAGCGCUGCAAAAUACUGCAAAAAUAUCGAGUCCGUGGUAUUGUGCGAUGUGGACGAAAUGCUGCAGGGACGAGUGAACUUCGACUCAAUUUUUGGUGCACUAUUUGCUGCCAUGGAGGUUUGGUACUCGAGCGGGACCAAUCGAGGAUUGAGACAACUCAAGGUCCCGUCACUGAACGAACGAGAGCGGUUCCAGUCUUGCAAGCAGUUGUUCGACAACUUGGUGAAGUUUUGUCCCGGAGUGGAGUACGUCGAUGGGUACAAGGCGACGCUGUGCGAGCUGGACAAGUUGACGUGUCGCGUCGUCUGGCUGAUCACGGUGGAGCAGUGGGAGGAGUUCAACGCCAAGUGCACGCAGCUGCGGGAGUUCCAUUGGGUCGUGGCUCCUUUUGCCGACCCGUUCUUCAAGGUGUUUGGCCAGCACGUGAAGCCACGCCUGACGAAGCUCACGUUUGGUGUGAAUAUGCUGUGGGAGUGGGAGGAAUACUUUGAUUGCUUGGCUGAAGCUGCUGGGGAGCCUCUUGACGAAGAUUUUUCACGGCGCCCAGAGCGACCAGGGUACGGAUUUAAGGCGACGGACCCGAGCAGCGCCUUGAAGGGCUGCCCGGCGCUGGAAGAUUUGGAGAUUGCACUGUACCAUCCUGUUGACGGGGACGAGAUGGGCUACGACGACUUCGACGAGGCCGAGGCCGACGAGUUUCCGAUUGAUGAGGUGCUGAACAUUGACAUAUUCGGCGAUCAAUUCUGCGAGACGCUGGCGAAGCAUUGUCCUCUGCUGACCAGCUUCUCCAUCUGGGAAGUCGCCGAGGGGAAGAAUGGCAAUCUUACGCCAAUUCGAACGUUUACGGACCGAGGCCUUGUAGCUCUGGCACAGCUGAAGUAUCUGACGAGGAUGGAGCUGCGCACGAUAAACUGCUCCGGCAAUGGUGUCUUUGAGUUCCUCAAGAACCUUUCAGACGAGUUGACGGGACUUCGGACGUUCCAAAUCUGUGUCGGAGGCCAUCCCAGUGACUCGCGCUUAGCGUUUUACAACGUGCUGUCGGAGUUGCUGAUGCAGCUGGAAGCAUGGACGCCAGAGGAGCUUUCGUGGGGACGUCGAAAGUUUGUACUUCGCCUGAUGAACUCGAGCCUCCAAUCGGUGGACUCAGCGUGGAGCCAGCAGUACCUUCGCGGGCUGGAACCUUUGGUCAAGAAUGUGAAAAAGUUGCAUCCGAACCUGCGCUUUCGCAUCACAACUUCCGGGCGCCGUGGACAAACUUUCAGAAGCAUCAUCGAGCUGGGGGUCUACACAUCCAACGCGGAGCCUAGCGUGUGGUAUGGCUGGGACGACGAGGAGAGCAACCGCGACAUCACCUUUGUGAAUCGAGGAGGCGGGACGUCGAGUUUUGGCGAAGGGCGGGGCAGACUGCCGGUCGAGUUGAGGCACCCUGAGCUGCUUGAUCCGGACUCGCUACCAAUCGACUACGAGCUGCCAGCGGGCUACUUCGAUGACUACGGAGGCUACGGAGGGUACGGCGACUAUGAGGACUAUUACGACGAGGACGACGAUGGCUUCUACGAUGCCAAUGCUGAUGAACUGUGGGAAUAA